AUGUCUCGGUGGUCGACGGCGGCGUCAGUUUUCCGGUGGAUCGACGUCAGUAUCUCCCUCCCGACGUCGUUUUUCCGGUUGCUGAGGCUGUUCGCCUCGUAUUUGACGCCUACGUGGAGCAAUGGCUUCAACCUCAGUAGCUUCACCACCAGCCUCGAGCCGCGGCGUUUGGCGUCGCUUUUGCGAUUUCCGAAUCUAGAUUUCUCCAGCAUCUACAUCGUCGACACCGUCGUCUGGUCUGUCGUCUCCGCCGUAGAGUCCGUUGUGCUUGUCUCCUUCCUCUGCUUCUUCUUCGUCUUCUGUGGCUGCACCCUAUGA